AUGUGCAGUUUGCAAAAUUAAAAUGGCAGCUUAAACUAUUAAAGUGAGCAGCUUUUAAUCAUUGGCUGCAAGGUUGGUAAAAUAGAAGGGGAGGGAUUAAAGUCUUUGAACUGCAGAGUGACAUCUCCACUCUGAUCUCUACGCAUUGCCCUGCACUUCUCUUUGGGAUAUUCCUAAGAUAUUACUCUAUGGUUUGCCGAAGAGCCUGACGGGAGUCCGUGGUCUUCACGUUUCUCUCCGAGCGCGGAGUCAGGGAUGCUGCGUUGCCAUGGGUUUCAUGGAGUUUUACCUGGAGAUUGAUCCAGUCACUCUAAAUCUCAUCAUCCUUAUCGCCAGCUACGUGAUCCUGCUCCUGGUCUUUCUCAUCUCUUGCGUUCUGUACGACUGCCGUGGCAAAGACCCUUCGAAGGAGUAUGUUUCGGAGCCCCCGGCCCCCCAGCAACAGUCUCCCAUACGGCUUGUGGUGAUGCAAAACUCCCCGACUUCGUCCCGGUAUAAUGAGCAGAAUAACACAGCAGCCUCCAACUUUGCGCCACUGACCCCUGACAUGCGUGAGAAGAAAAGCACACUGGUGUAAUGAUGGGCUUCAUAUGUCCAAAGGCUGUUGAUGUUCUUUUAUGGACACAAAUCUUAUGCUCGGAAAGAGAUAACAUUUCAAUCUAACUUGGAUUGAACCAGAACAUCCAUCUACAUUCACUAGUUCAUUGUGGACAAUUUCAUUAUGGAAAUGGAGUUAUUUUAUCCUCUGGACACUGGAUAGAGGUCAGCAGAAGACACAUGCCUAAACAGGACAGAUGUCUGGCACGUGUACAGUCACAAUGUUAUCUGCCGUGAAAAAUUGACAGAUGUAAUUUUGCCUGCAGCUAAUUGGUCAAAAUGCUGUUGUAUAUGUGGUGUACAGCACAAAGUAUGUAAAUUAUUCAUUUUGAAUGUUUCAAAUUUGUUAUCAAAAGGUAUAUUAUAAGAAUAAUUUCAUAUUAUAAUAAUAAUGACAAAAAUUUAAUAUAUAUGGCAC